CUCCAACUGGGGCGUUGGGCCUGCACUAUUGAAACCCAUUAUGGCUGCGCGAUGGAUAUGGAAUGGGCUAAAGAUGGUAUUACGGGCGAGCUCUUCAUCGUUCAGGCUCGGCCAGAAACAGUCCAUUCGCGCAGCCAUGCAGCUAUUUUCAAAACGUAUACCGUUGGCAAAAAGGGACGUCUAUUGACCACUGGCCUUUCUGUUGGUGGCGCGGCAGUGUCAGGCCGUGUCUGCCUCAUUGAAUCGGCACAGGACAUUAGCAAAUUCGUCGAUGGCUCCAUACUAGUGACCGAAACCACCGACCCGGACUGGGUGCCCAUCAUGAAACGGGCCGUAGCCAUUAUCACAGACCACGGCGGACGAACCUCGCAUGCGGCUAUCAUCAGCCGUGAACUGGGUCUUCCAGCAAUUGUUGGUACGGGCAACGCUACAUACAUCCUCCACACCGACCAGGAUGUCACCGUCUCGUGCGCAGAGGGCGACAACGGCUUUGUGUACGAGGGGAGUUCGGAGAUCACUACCCAAUCUGUGGAUUUGACUGAGUUCCCCAAAACUCGGACGAACGUCAUGCUCAAUCUCGCCAACCCAGCAGCAGCUUUCCGCUGGUGGAGACUCCCCGCAGAUGGCAUUGGACUCGCCCGUAUGGAGUUUGUUGUCACCAACGCAAUUCAGGUCCAUCCUAUGGCGCUGGUUCACUUUGAUCGAUUGACAGAUGUGAAGGCCAAGGAGGAUAUUCUCCGCUUGACAACUGGGUAUGACAAUAAGCCGGAAUAUUUUGUUGACAAGCUGUCCCACGGGUUUGCAGCCUUGUGUGCUGCCGUCUACCCUAAGCCUGCUAUUAUCCGUAUGAGCGAUUUCAAGACGAAUGAAUAUGCCCGUCUUGUGGGUGGCCGUGAGUUUGAGCCGGAUGAGGAAAAUCCGAUGUUAGGCUUCCGUGGCGCCUCCAGAUAUUACUCCGCCCACUACAAGGAGGGAUUCGCUUUAGAAUGUCGUGCAAUUAAGCGUCUACGAGAGAAAAUGGGCUUCACAAAUGCCAUUGUCAUGAUCCCAUUUUGUCGAACCGUAGGAGAAGCGAAGAAAGUGUUGGAUGCUAUGGCUGAGAAUGGGCUCAGGCGGGGGGAGAAUGGACUGCAGGUCUAUGUUAUGUGUGAAAUCCCAUCCAAUGUCAUUCUCGCAGCCGACUUUACGGAACACUUCGACGGCUUUUCUAUCGGAUCCAACGAUUUGACUCAGCUCACCCUCGGCGUCGAUCGCGAUUCCGGCGAACUGGCGGACCUUUUCGAUGAGCAGGACAAGGCAGUCAAGUGGAUGCUGCAGCAGGUUAUCCAGGUGGCAAAGCAAAAAGGUUGCAAAAUCGGCAUUUGCGGCCAAGCCCCAAGUAACCACCCCGAGUUUGCUCGGUUCCUGGUUCAGUUAAAGAUCGAUUCAAUCUCUGUUAGCCCAGACAGCUUCUUCGCGGUGAAAAGACAUGUCGUUGCGGGCGAAAAUGCAUGACCAGGGGUUUGCACUGUCAAAUAUCAAAAUCGGUUGCUCAAAGAAAAGUUACUUACGCCUCCUUUUUUGCCGCUGUCUCUG